UCAGCUGAGGCUAGGAACUCGGGUAAGGCAACGGCCCGAGCCGCCGAGCGGGCCCCGAACAGGAGUGUAUUCAGACGACAGGGAGAUAGUGUCCGUGUUGGUUCAGGUGUAACACUACUUUUGGUGAACUCCUAUGCCAACGGAGCGCACAGGAUGACAGAUCAGACUGCUGAAAAGAUCAACGAGAUGAGUUUAGGAGAAAUUUACACAUCUGACAAGUUGGGGUCAGACGACACUGGUGAUGGAACUCCAGAUAAGCCAUACAAGACUGCUCUUCAGGCAAUGCGGAAAGCUGGUAAAGAGCCAUUCCCAACAAUAUAUGUGGAUGGCAAGGAAGAAGGCCAGGGAGUAAAUGUGGUGUCAGGCAGCACUGAAGCUGACCUAACCCAAUGUCUACAAGCAUUAGAUGAACAUUUAAGCCAGUCAAGCUACAUUAUUGGCCACGUACCCACCCAGGCUGAUGCUGUGGUACAUGUCUGUACGAGUGGAUUAUCACCUUCUCAAAAUGGCCCCGUUUCACCUUUGUAUCCACAUUUGGUGAGAUGGUGGAGGCAUAUUCAAAGUUUUGGCUCUGAUUCAAAGGAUUUCCCACAAACAGAUCUUGGUAUUCUUAGUCAGUUCAACCUACCUGAUGCCAGACUACCACAGACAUACGAAGUAAUUGCAAAAAGCCAGUUGAAGAAACUCACAAAACUUUGGAAAGAUGAGUGCAAAAAACGUGAAGCACGUUUGAAAAAAGAAAAAGAAGAUGAGGAAAAGCGAGCCAAGGUGCUAGAAGAAGCCAAGAAAGUGACAAUAUCAGAGGAUCCAAGUUUACCCACUGCUGCCUGCAUUAAGAUCAAAGAUAGUAAAGACUACCGUACCAAAAGAGUUAAAAUUCAUGGAUGGGUGCACAGACUACGAAGACAAGGCAAAAAUAUGAUGUUUAUUGUUCUUCGUGAUGGGACCGGCUACCUACAAACAGUUUUAACUGACAAGUUAUGUCAAACAUAUGAAGCUGCAAUCCUCAACACAGAGAGUAGUGUCACAUUAUAUGGCAUCCUUCAGGAAGUUCCAGAAGGAAAAGAGGCACCUGGAGGACAUGAACUACAGGUGGAUUACUGGCAACUUAUUGGAGAAUCGCCAGCAGGUGGUGCAGAGGCAGAGAUAAACCAACUGUCUAACCCUGAUGUACAGUUGGAUAAGCGCCAUCUGAUGAUCAGGGGUGAAAAUUGCUCUAAGGUUCUACGAUUACGUUCCAUUUUAAUGAAGGCCUUUGUGGACCACUACAGUGAUAGAGGAUAUGAGUGGAUGUCACCUCCUACAAUGGUUCAAACACAGUGUGAAGGAGGUUCAACCCUCUUUGAUUUUAACUUCUUUGGAGAAAAGGCAUAUCUCACACAGUCCAGCCAGCUUUACCUUGAAACGUGCCUUCCAAGCUUUGGUGAUGUAUUUUGUAUUGAGCAGUCUUAUAGAGCAGAACAGUCACGAACUCGUCGUCAUCUAGCUUCCUACACUCAUAUUGAAGCUGAAUGUGCCUUCAUCACAUUUGAUGAACUUUUGGAUCGUAUUGAAGAUUUGGUAUGUGAUGUGGCUGAUAGAGUUUUAAAACAUCCUGUGGGUGGUCAGAUUCUGAAGGAGUUACACCCAGAGUUUGUGCCACCUACCAGACCAUUCCUUAGGAUGCCAUAUUCUGAUGCCAUCAAGUACCUAAAGGAGCAUAACAUCACAAAGGAGGAUGGUUCCAACUAUGAGUAUGGUGAGGAUAUUCCAGAGAUGCCAGAACGAAAGAUGACUGAUCAGAUUGGGAGGCCAAUUUUGCUCAAUAGGUUCCCUGCUGGCAUCAAAGCCUUCUACAUGUCCAGAUGUGAAGACGACAAAUCCCUUACUGAGUCGGUUGAUUUGCUGAUGCCUAAUGUGGGAGAAAUUGUAGGAGGAUCUAUGAGGAUGUAUGACCAUGCAGAGUUAGUGGAAGCCUACCAUGCCAGUGACUUGGACCCUAAGCCUUACUAUUGGUAUACUGAUCAGCGCCUAUAUGGUACCUGUCCCCAUGGGGGUUAUGGUUUGGGACUGGAGCGUUUCCUGUGCUGGAUUGCUAAUCGUUACCACAUUCGUGAAGCAACACUUUACCCAAGAUUUGUUGGACGUUGUACACCGUAAGAGUAAAAAUCCUGAACACAGGUGGCUUAGAAAAUUUUCAUGCUCGGUAGAAAUAAACUUUUAUGAUAUGUUAAUUUUCACUAAAAUUGGAAUGUCACAAAUGAUAAAACAUUUUAUUCAUUUUGAUUAAGUCAUUAUAUUAGAGUAUAUUCAUUACUUUCAACCGUUUCACAAUUGAUUUUAAUGUCGCGUUAUAUGGUAAUGGUUAGUUGUCGUUUCUGUACAAUUGUUUAGCAAAAGAAUAAUCUUGUGCUAAUAAUUUAUUUAUUUAUUACAUAAUUGGGAGGAUCCAGAGGACCAACUGCUGGAGAGGGAGGACAAUAUUCCCAUUAGCAUUAAAUUCAACUUUUUUUUUUAUGAAUAAUAAGUGAUUGUGUUCUACAGUUUCACAUAUAAUGCAGACAUACUUUUUGUAUUUACAGUACAAAUAAUGUAUGAAAGUAAAUAGCCAUUUGAAUAGAACAUUGCUCCCCCUCCCCACCCAGUCAGCCAUUGUUUGUUAGACUUACUUUUUAGCACAGUGACAAAACUCGUUGGAUCAUUAAAAAUUAAUAUUUAUCUGUCAAAUUUGAUUUCCAUGGUUAGAUACAGUAUUGCUAAAAUAGACAAAUACAAAAAUAA